AUGCAAGCGAUUCUUUCCAUCAUUCGCAACGCAUGCCUGACUUUGCGAGCACUCGUGUCAGAAAUCAGCGCCACCAAGCAAUGCUUCGACGCGCUGCUGUCCCGCGUGUCGACCCUGGCGCUCCCCGUACCGAACCCCAGCAACGCCUUUUGGCAGCAGUACCCACCAUUUCCAGAUCUGGUUAAUUGCCAGUCCCAGCAACUGCCAGGAACCGCAGAUAUCUUGAUUGUCGGCUCGGGGAUUUCGGGCGCUAGUGUGGCAUACACGGCGCUGAAGCAGGCACACAGCCAUGCACACCCUCAACCUCCGCCCAGAGUCGUGGUUCUGGAGGCAAGAAGUAUAUGCAGUGGCGCGACGGGCAGAAAUGGGGGUCACAUCAAGUGCUCGGCUUAUCUGGAGUAUGCGUCGCUCAAGGCUAGGUUUGGAAAGGAACGUGCGAAGGCUUUGCUGGAGUUUCAGUUGAGCCAUAUGCCAAUAUUGCUGGACCUGAUACAGAGAAAUGAAGAGUUGAAAUGUGCUGAGGCAAGGGAGGUGCAGAGUGUGGAUACGUUCACAGAUGAAAAGACUUGGGUCAAGACGAAGCGGACGGUGGAAGAGUUCAGACGGGAUGUUCCUGACCUCGCAGGAGAUGUCGUCAUCCAUGAAGGCGUGGAUGCUUGCACAGAAUUUGGAGUCGACCCUCAACACUGUUACGGCAUCAUCACCUACAAAGCUGCCACACUGUGGCCCUAUCGCUUCGUCACAGCCCUUUAUUCCUCUCUUCUUUCAGCCCAUCCAGAGCUGAUUUCUCUCGAGGCCAACACUCCGGCAACUGAGAUACGAGUAAACCCAGAAGACUCCGAGAGACCAUUCACAGUGCAAACCCCCCCCGGGGAGCAAUUUCAGCAAGGCACAUCGUCCACGCCACCGACGCCUUCACAGCGAACCUUGUCCCCGGCCUAA